ACUUCAUAACACAAACAUAAAUCUCAAAAUUAAUUAACAUGGCUAGCAAAGACUUCUAUAGCAGUGGUAAAGUUCCCGGCCAAGCUCAGAUAAGAAGGGAUGAAUCGACAGACCAAGGCCAAGUAACCAAUUUGAUUCAAGAGACCGGAACACAAGUGAAGAACAUGGCUCAAGGAACAGCACAAGGAGCGGCUAAUGUGGCUCAUGGAGCUGCAAAUAUGGCUCAAGGAGCAGCACAUGGUGCUGUUAAUGUGGCUCAUGGAGCAGCACAAGGUGUAGCUAAUGUGGCUCAUGGAGCUGCAAACAUGGCUCAAGGAGCAGCACAUGGUGCAACACAAGGUGUAUCUAAUGUGGCUCAUGGAGCUGCAAACAUGGCUCAAAACACUGCUGAAGUUGUAAAGAACACUCUGGGAAUCAAUCACCCUAGCAACACCACUACAGGCACUGCUUCUGCUGACAAUAUUAUCGAAGGCGGAUCUAGGAUUUAA